AUGCCCGCGCGCGCGCCGACGACGCGUAAAACCCCUCGCUCGCCCGCGCGCAAAGCGUCGCCCGCGCGCGGACGCCCGUCGACGCCGAAAUACAACGACGAUGUCGUGCAGAGUCUGUUACAAAUCUUGACUUCGGGACAAAAAUCGAAAAGAACCAAGUCCCCGCUCACGCUCGAGCGCGCGGAGGCGCUGUGGGAGCUCGCGAAAACGAACCGCGAACCGAAUGUCGCGGCGACGCUGACGGCGAUCGCGAACGGUGGCGGAAGGGGCGCUGGAGGCGUGGUGAAGGUGGAGGACGACGCCGCGCGGUGGUUGACGGCGCGAAUUUCGAGCGCGUUCGGCGAAGGCGAGGAUGGUGGAGAACGAAGUAGCGCGAGAAAGAGCGGCACGAAACGGAAUUUGUCGACGCGAUUUGAGGAUGGGAGCGAUGUGGAGGACGGGGAAGAAGCGGCGUCGGAGGAGAGAGAGAGACGGGGCGGGACGUCGCCGCGCGGCGAACGCGCGGCGAAGCGAAGACGAUUGACGGUGACGGAGCGUCUGAUGCGGCGCGUGACCUUGGCGACCACGCGGAGCACGUCGAAGGAGUUGAGAGUAAUCGAUGGUGUGUCAUAUGAUCGAGCGGCGUGCGCGAUCGUGGAUGAGAGCUUGAAGAAGAAGGGCAAGGUAGAUUCAAUGUGCGCGCGGGCUGUGGAGCUGAGUGUCAAGGCGACGGGGUCGAGGUAUGGAAUCACACCUGCGGGAUUGCAGACGCUUCGAAUGAUCGUAGAGGGUGGCGUGGAUGGGCAUUAUACGUUCCAAGUCGAUGCAGCCGCGCGAAAGCACCUGGGCGCGUUGAUUGCGGACGAAGAGAGCCUCGGGCCAGAGAUACUCUUGCCGACGGUGAAGCGGCGAAAAGUCGCCGCCGCACUGCAGAGGCUGAGUAAUUUCGCGCGCCAAGCGCAGUAUAGGACGAUUGACGGGGUCAAGUACGACGAGAACGCAUGUCACAUUGCCGAUGUCGCGACGCAAACUCAAGGCAAGAUCGGAUUGGCGUGCGCGAAAGCGAUCCACGCCAGCAUCGAAGAUGGCGGCUCGCAUUGGGGCAUCACUGAUAUCGAGCUUCGCACGAUUGAGAUGAUCAUCGAAGGCGGUCGCGCUGACUAUUCAUACGUCACAGACGCCGCGGCGAUGAAGUAUCUCAAAGAUUUAGUCGUGAAUGAGCGGAGUAAACGAGAAGACGCCGAAAUCGAGCGGGUCGCGGCUGUAAGCGAAGCGCGCGGGAACGCCGCCGGCGGAGUUUUGGCGCACGUUAGGAAACUCGUUCGACCCAAGUUUUAUCGUUACAUCGACCGUCAGAGAUACGACGAAAAGGCGUGUGAGAUUGCAGAUGACUGCAUGGAGCGCAUCGGUCGAAUCAAUUUGGAAUGCGCGAAAGAGAUUCACGAGAGCAUCCUCGACGGUGGCUCGCGGUGGGGCAUCACGUCGACGGAAUUCGCGACGAUUCAGCUCUUCCUCGACGGUGGCAGAGACGACGUGCUGUACAUUUGCGACGACGAUGCGCGGAUGUAUCUUUUGGAUAUUUUAGGUACGAAGGCGAUCGAAGAGACGGAGAAUGUCACGCCGCCCACGAAAGUGCAGGUGCGACGACAGUCGCCGGCAAGCGCGCUGCAAUCGGCGCUGAAAAAUCCGCCGCCAUCCGCACUGAGACACGCCGCGGCGAAAUCUGUGAAAAAGAAAGGGGUGAACUUUACCCCCGCCAAGCGUUUCGAACUUCGCACGUAUAUUCCGAGUCCGACGAGUGGGAACACGUCGGAGGAGGAAAUCGACGACGACGAUGACGACGACGAAGUGGAAGUUUUGACGGAGCAAGACGAAGAAAUGGUCGAAGAAGAAGCAGACGAAGUCGACGAAGACGAACAGAUCGUCGAAGUCGCGACGACGAAACGGUCGAGCGUGCGAAUGAUCACGUAUUCUAGACCGAGCAUCAUGACGGCGUUUUACCGCAGCAUGCAAUUUUGGAUGACGCCCGUGAGCGUUCUCGACACCGCCGCGGCGUGUUUAGCGACAGCCGCCUCGUUUCUCGUCGCCCAUAUUUUCAUCAUCGCCGCUCUGGAAGCGACGAUCACGCCUUCGUCCAUCAAGUCGUUGAACAUGGAAGCCAAACUGUAA